UACAAGUCAUUGUAUACAAAUUUGAAUAAGCCAUUACAAAAGCAGCACUACUGGAACUGGAAGUUAAUUUUAUCUGUCUCGUGUCGCUUAACUGAGUUAACUCGCUUUGAGGAAGCAGAAAUGGUGAGAAGGUUGAGUAGUGCUUUAUUUCUGGUGUCAGUCUUAUUCUACUUGCAAGGCCGAGGAGCUCACGGGGGGAUACUGUAUGCUAAUUCAACUAACCUAACUCUUUACCAGGAGAAUCCACUUCGUUUGGAAUUGUCAGCAAGGCUUAGAGUGGUGUGUCCAGAUCUAGAUUAUGGUCUUUAUAGAGUGAGCCAGGAAGGAUAUAACAAUUGCUCUAAUGAUGAAGAAGAAUUGAUUGGUCAUUGUGGCAAUAGUACUGGGAUAGUCAGUGAAUUUAUUUACUCUGUUCCACUGCCUGGGGGUUUAGCUUGGGAGAUCGACAUGACUUAUUAUUUGAUUUUUAAAUAUACUAAUAAUGGAAGUACUGCUCCUUGUGACGAUGGAUAUAAAUUCCAAGUUUUUGUCUACAAUUCAACAACUGUGACUCCUACCCCUACUGUUAUGCCUAUGUCUUCUUCUUCUUCUGUCGUAAUCACUUCAAGUUCUUCUUCAAUCCUCUCUCAGUUGCUGACUCCUUUCUUUUCACAGUCAAGGAUUCACACAGUGUCUCCUUCUAGUACUGAGACUGUUACUGGACCUACUCAUGAACCCUCUUCUUCUAGUACUAGUGAAAUAGAAACAACAGAGGUUAGAGCAACAUCAACAGGACUAAUCAAUGUAAAUCCUACUCCACCUACUGUGCAACCAUCAGUUAGUACUACUGUUUCUGGUGCAACUAGUACAACAGCAUCAUUGACCCUUGCAUUAUCAUUAUUGGCACUACUAUUGAUCUUACUCUUAUGAAGUGUGCAAAAUAAAACAAUUAAAUUGAGUCAUACACACACACACGCGUGCUCUCUUGUCCAGGUGUUAUGAUCUGUGUUUUGUAUGGAGACAUAUGGUGGAUAGCAUCUGUGAAAUAUAUAUCUUAUACAUCUGUAUUAUAUUAUUAUAAAUUAUUUAUUAUUUAACCAAUUCACUAACAUGAUUAUUAUACGUUACAUGUUCAUUCAUUAAUUUUAACAUUUAUUAAAAUAAAAUUACUAAAAAGAAAGAAGUACAUAGUUAUAUCAGAUUUCAUCACCAUGAAGGCAUCAAUUAAAAUGUUUCAAGUUUUUAAAGCAAAUAGUUGUCGGUACUAGCAUCUGAAUGUCUCACAAAUAAUAAUAAUAAUAAUAAUAAUAAUAAUAAUAAUAGUCCUUAGUGUAUUUUAUUGUGUUGUGUUAUAUAAUAAUAAUAAUAAUAAUAAUAAUAAUAAUAAUAAUAAUAAUAAGAGAUUUAGUAUACAUUCAUGAGUUUCAUAAUAUAAAACAGAAUAAAA